AUGGACAUCACGCCAGAAUUCAACGAGCUCCUGCGGAAGCGUAAUGCGCCAAUCGUCACCGAGAAGAAGCUCAGCCUCGAAGCGAUUGACGGUUUUCUCAAAGAGGCUUACAGAAUAAACCACCACAUAACGAGCCUCCACAACGAACUCAAAGAUGUUCGGCAAGCCUACCUCUCGACCGCGCAGCCGCGCAAGACGCACUUCCGACCGGGGAGCAACGCGAGCCAACCCCGUCACCUCACCGACCGCGACCGUGAAGAGGUCGAUGCCAAUGCGAAGCAGAUGCUCCGUGAGCUAAACGCUAGCAUUACCGCCCUCAAGGAUGCGGAGCUGCUCCGCCGUGAGACGGAGACGGCCGUCAUCCGCAAGAAGUACGCCCGCGGUCUGGGCGCGCUCGGUGCAUGGGCUGCCGGCGCCGCCGCCGGUGGUGGUGCAUCGAGCGACAGCGGGAAGACGGCGGAGCACCUGGCGGCCGAGGCCAAGGCGCGGACCAUCGAGCAGCACCGCGACGAGGUCAUCCAGUCGCUGAGGCAGGGGCUGCAGCUGUGCGGGAGGACGCAGCAGGAUAUGAUGGAGGUGCGGCUGACGAGGGAGAUGGAGAAGAACCGCAGCGUGCUGGCCAAGGCUGGGGGCGGAAGCGCGAUGCCCGAGCUGGGAGGGUUCUACGAGUCGAUGAGCAAGAGCGCCGCCGCGGCGAAGAGGCCGUCGAAGUCUGGGUUGCCGCCGGACGAGGGCGGGUCGUACAAUCCGCAGGAAGACCUCACGGAAGAGCAGAUUCAGUUGUUUGAGAAGGGCAACCAGGAUAUGCUGCAGCAUUACAACAGCACGUUGGACAAAGUCAGGACGGCCGAGAAGUCGUUGCUCGAGAUCGCGGAGCUGCAGACGCUGCUCGUGGGCAACCUGGCGACGCAGUCGGCGCACAUUGAGCAGCUCGUGGCGGACUCGGAGAAUAUUACGCAGGACGUCGGAGGCGGAAACAAGCAGCUCAAGAAGGCGACGCAGCGGCCCAGCGCGGCGAGGUACACGUUCUUCGCGUCGGCGGGGCUGUGCGCGUUUUUGAUUCUCUGGGACUUGAUAAUAUAA